AUUGCUCCCUUCAGGAGUGCAGCAGCAGCGGCUGGAGGGGAGAAAACGCCUCUCCCCUCAGCAGAGAGGGGAUUUUGUGUGCUGAAACCCCAGUUCCAGCAGUUGGUGGUGGAGCCACCAGGGCUGGGGAGAUCCUGGGGCCGGGGCAGGGCAGCUCCUCAUCCUGGAGCGACCCUGGCUCUGGUUCCAGCCCCGGCUUCUGCUCCAGCUCCUGCUCCAUCCCCGGCUCCUGUCCCUGCUCCAGCCCUGGCUCCUGCUCCAUCCCCAGCACCAUCCCCAGCUCCAGCUCCUUUUCCAUCCCCAGCUCCAUCCCUGGCUCCUGCUCCAUCCCCAGCUCCAUCCCUGGCUCCUGCUCCAUCCCCAGCUCCAUCCCCGGCUCCUGUCCCUGCUCCAUCCCCGGCUCCUGUCCCUGCUCCAUCCCCGGCUCCUGUCCCUGCUCCAUCCCCGGCUCCUGUCCCUGCUCCAUCCCCGGCUCCUGUCCCUGCUCCAUCCCCGGCUCCUGUCCCUGCUCCAUCCCCGGCUCCUGUCCCUGCUCCAUCCCCGGCUCCUGUCCCUGCUCCAUCCCCGGCUCCUGUCCCUGCUCCAUCCCCGGCUCCUGUCCCUGCUCCAUCCCCGGCUCCUGUCCCUGCUCCAUCCCCGGCUCCUGUCCCUGCUCCAUCCCCGGCUCCUGUCCCUGCUCCAUCCCCGGCUCCUGUCCCUGCUCCAUCCCCGGCUCCUGUCCCUGCUCCAGCCCCGGCUCCUGUCCCUGCUCCAGCCCCGGCUCCUGUCCCUGCUCCAGCCCCGGCUCCUGUCCCUGCUCCAGCCCCGGCUCCUGUCCCUGCUCCAUCCCCGGCUCCUGUCCCUGCUCCAGCUCUGGCUCCUGUCCCUGCUCCAGCUCUGGCUCCUGUCCCUGCUCCAGCCCCGGCUCCUGUCCCUGCUCCAGCCCCGGCUCCAUCCCCGGCUCCAGCCCCGGCUCCAGCCCCGGCUCCUGUCCCUGCUCCAGCCCCGGCUCCUGUCCCUGCUCCAUCCCCGGCUCCUGUCCCUGCUCCAUCCCCGGCUCCUGUCCCUGCUCCAGCCCCGGCUCCUGUCCCUGCUCCAGCCCCGGCUCCUGUCCCUGCUCCAGCUCUGGCUCCUGUCCCUGCUCCAGCUCUGGCUCCUGUCCCUGCUCCAGCUCUGGCUCCUGUCCUUGCUCCAGCCCCGGCUCCUGUCCCUGCUCCAGCCCCGGCUCCUGUCCCUGCUCCAGCCCCGGCUCCUGUCCCUGCUCCAGCCCCGGCUCCUGUCCCUGCUCCAGCCCCUCUGGGUUGUUCAGCACCAGCCCAAGAGCCGGGUGGGUCAGGAGUUCAAAAACGCGAAGUUCCGAUCCCGCCGUGCCAGGGAAUUCCAGCCCUGCGUGGGAAAGCGGCGCUGGAGCAGCGGCUCAGCGAGGGGGUCCGGCCGCCAGCGAAGCUGCGACUUUAUUAGGGAGCCAAUUGAGGAGAAUUACAGUAAUUACUGCUCCGUGUAAUUAAGCGCUGGGGAAGGGCUCGUGCCGGAGGAUGAUGCUGGGCUCGGACUGGGCUCCGGGGAUGCUUCAGCCGCUUCCCCCCGCGGUGGGCGAGGAGCCAGACCCCACUGCCCAACUCCAGCCCUCGGUGGGGAUGCGGGGACCCACCGAGCCUGUGGGAUUUCCCCGCCCGCCGGCUUCCCACGGCUGCUCCCCAGGCACCUGGAACAGCCAGACUGCUUGCUGGAGGGGUUUGGGGGUUUUUUGAAGAGAUCUGGGGUUUUUUUUGCAGUGCAGUGGGACAGCAGCUCCGCUGAGGCUGUGCCAAAGCCCGGCAGACCUGGCAGUGCAGGGAGCUCAGGAAGAUGAACCCACGUUAUCUUCUAAAGUGUAUUAGUGAAACCACAUUAAAUCCUCAGGAGAUAAGUCUUAUUCCAGAUUUCAAGUGCUCUUAAUUCAAUUCCGCGGUGAAUGGAGCCACGUUGAAUUUAUGCCGCUUUAAUUGUGUGUGAAGUUUCCGUGCCUCGAUUUAAUGCCCGUUAAUGAGCGCCUUUCCCACUGCAGCCCUCCCUGCUCUCGCUGCCUCUGGGAUGUGCCAGGAGAGGGGAGCAGGGCACCCCGAGCCGUGUGUGCUUGCACAGCUCCAAACCAGGCCACGGCUGCCAAACCUCAACCUCACAGCUUGAGGAGAGAGCAGAGAGGGUGGGGAGGGGUGAGUGUAUCCAAAACCCCAACAAACGGGUGAGAAAAGGAAAAAUCCAUUAAGGGACAUCAGCUGCUCCAGUGCUGCUGUGGAUGGGGGAGGCUGGGGAGACACAGACUGUGGGCUCUGCCCCGAGCACUCCCUGCC